AGUAGCUCAGUGGAGGCGUUGCGCAGAUUCAGCUCGGGGGACCUGCAGUCCGAGUGUGAUGAGGGCGAGGUGGACCCCUACACCGGCCGCCCGGCUACUACCAGUCAACCAAAGCCGCAGAAUCAAAGGCCGGCCUCCCAGGCCACCGGGGGCAGCAUCGGCAGCGCAUCAGGCCCUCCUCCAGCGCCGUCAGCUACGGCAGCAGCGGCGGCGGCGGGUGGCGGCGACCUGUCGCUCAACCUGCGGGGAGGAUCGCGCGGCACGUCCGCGCCCUCCUCCCCCGCGAAGUCCCGCGAGUCUCUCCUUCAACGAGUACAAUCGCUCACCGGCGCCGCAAGAGAUCAAGGCGCCAAUUUAUUAGGGAGUGUGACGUCUGUGGCUUCGGUGGGUCGUGGCUAUAACCGGGACCGAUGCGUGACGCUGCUUGUCGUGGAUGACCAGAACACCGACUGGUCUAAGUACUUCCGCGGCCGUCGUCUGCCCGGCGAGUGGGACAUCCGUGUCGAACAAGCUGAAUUCAGGGAAUUGACUGUGACUGCGAAUUCUGAUGGAGCCAACGUUUCUAUGGCCGUUUAUCGCAGCGGCACUAAAGUCACCAGAUGCUUCAAGCCGGACUUCGUGUUGGUGAGGCAGAACGUGCGCGACGCCGGCGCUGACCACCGAGCGCUGCUCCUCGGCCUCAAGUUCGGCGGAGUCCCGGCCAUCAACAGCCUCAACUCCAUUUACCACUUCCAGGACCGGCCUUGGGUGUUCGGCCAUCUUCUCCAGUUACAACGGCGCCUCGGCAGAGAAAACUUCCCGUUGAUCGAGCAAACUUACUACCAUAAUCACACCGAUAUGGUGAGUACAUAGAUUAUUAAGAUUUCCAAGUCCUCCCUAUAUGUAUAAGCAACUAGAUACUUUUCAUACUUAAAUUGUUUUAAAUUCAGCAGUCGAUGCGAACUCGAUUGCAUAUGCAACAGCGGUAUAUAUGUGAAGAAUCAGCUUCCAACUGCAGUGCAGAUUUGCUAUUAAAUUAACAUCAGGCGGUGGUUCAAUCCCAAUAAAUCAAACAGCACAUAAUCCGUUUAAAUUUUGUUUAUUUUAACCUAUAUAUCACUAUAAUUAGUUAAUUUACAAUCAUUAUCUUAAAAAUAAAUAAUACAAAAAUAACGUUACGACUAUUUUUGUCUGCGAAGACAAAACAACAAUUUUGAAGCGUCCAAAAGAAAAAUCACAAAGUAACAUGUUUCGAAUACUUUCAACCAAUAAAUUCGUUACAAUCGCCAAUGGGCUAAUUAAACUUCACACACACGACAUUCAACUAAA